UUGCCUCGGAGACGUCGUCGCGUUUGCAACCACACUCUCGCAUCAAGCUCAAAGCCAUCCACACCGAAGGGGCGACAUCAGACAGAAAAGAGUGUGAAGAAGCAAGCAAUCUCCCGGGCGCACAGCACAGCCAGCACACAGCGAGCAGAGACAGCAAACCGAGGCAGUGCUGGAAGUACAGUGAGAAGUGAACCACGGUUCGAGUUUCGAUUGAUUUUUUCGUAUUUUUUAUUUCUUCAAGAUUUAAUCAUAAGCGUGGCUAGCCAGGGAAUAAAAAGGAAAAUGAGUAGCUCCGAGGAGGUUUCUUGGAUUUCUUGGUUCUGCGGACUUCGUGGCAAUGAAUUCUUCUGUGAGGUGGACGAGGAUUACAUACAGGAUAAGUUCAAUUUGACCGGACUGAACGAACAGGUGCCGAACUACAGACAGGCCCUAGAUAUGAUAUUGGAUUUAGAACCCGAGGAUGAAAUAGACGACAACCCGAACCAGUCGGACCUGAUCGAGCAGGCGGCCGAGAUGCUGUACGGUUUAAUCCACGCUAGGUAUAUCCUCACCAAUCGCGGCAUAGCGCAAAUGAUAGAGAAAUAUCAAAGCGGUGACUUUGGUCACUGCCCGCGAGUAUACUGCGAGAGCCAACCGAUGCUUCCAUUAGGUCUAUCCGAUGUGCCCGGCGAGGCGAUGGUGAAAAACUACUGUCCUAAGUGCAUCGACGUCUACACACCAAAAUCCUCGAGGCACCAUCAUACGGACGGUGCCUACUUUGGUACCGGAUUCCCGCACAUGCUGUUCAUGGUACAUCCCGAGUAUCGCCCGAAACGUCCCGCCAACCAGUUCGUGCCGCGCUUGUACGGCUUCAAAAUCCACUCGUUAGCGUAUCAAAUUCAACUGCAGGCUGCUGCCAACUUUAAAGCACCGAUGCGAGGGUGAAGUGCUCGGCGAAGGUAAUUGACAAUUGAGUUGCCGACAACUGGGUCAACGAGAAAAUCGUUUGAUCGAGAUCAUCGGCGAAAGUGACCGCAAAUAUCCCCAACAUGCAUAGACCCCUCCCCCUAAGUACACGCAGCGAGGCCACGAAGAUCGAGUUGAGCAGCAGCAGAAGAAGAUGAGCAGACAACAACCUCGACAUCAAAACAAUAAGAGCGAACCGCGCAGCAUCAGCCACGAGUGAAACUUAUAAACAACAAAAAAGCAAAACGGAACAAGCUGUUGAAGGAUAUCAUCAAACAAAUGCGAAAACGUAACACAUGUUAGCAGAAAGAAAAUAAUAGGACGAAACAAAAUUACUAGAUAAAUCAGUAAGUCAGUCAACAGAACAAAAGAGAAACAGCAUGUUAGCAAUUAAUGAGUAACUAAUUGUACAUCCCCCAAACCACCAAAACUGAAAAUGAAGAGCAACACGAUGGCAUAGUUCACAUCGUGGAACAUACAUUGUAGCGUUAGGUCCAAAACCAUCCUUCUUAUCAGAAUCAGAAAAAAAAAACAUUAAAACACAAAGAAUGUUGUCAUUUUUCUAAAAAAAUUGAAAUUUAUUGCUAGGAUGAAGCCGGGACGGAGCGAAAUUUUUUUGAACUAUAGUAAGACCAUUCAGUGAAAUUGUGUAUUUGACAUAGUGGAAGCAAAUACAAACAACUUACAAAAAAUGUAGAUCUUGCAUUUUGUUGUAACAAAACAAAAUCGUAAAACGGAGGAAAUAUACACCAGGGUUGAAGAAAAAGCACCUGCAACAGCCUCUCGUUUCCUCUCCUUCUCCAAACUAGAUAGAUCACUAGGUGUACGCGUACGUUAGCGAAAGCCACUUUUUGAAAGGCACUAACUGAUAACGGACGAAAACGAGCGAGAGAGGUGCCCCUGAAUUAAAAAAAAAACUCCCAUUUUUAACCCAUUUGUAUAUUUUUUCUCGUCGAAUAGAGGGAAACAAAAUAUCUCGCGUGGCAGCACGAGCCGUAAUAUGGUAAAACAGCAAAAUAACAUCAACGAGGAAACAUCAUUUUACACCGGAAUACCUUUUUCCUUUUUAUUGCCCUUUAAAACAGUUAAAGUUAGGAAAGAGUAAAAGAACAGCAAAAACCCUUGUUUGUAUAGCUUAGUAGCAAAAAUGAGCAGUAAGAUUAGUUUUUUCUCAGUUUCCAAUUGUCGUUUAGUUAUUUUCUAAGAAAAAACGGUGGGAAAUAAUAAAACUAUCAAAUUGUAAUAUACAUAUUACUUAGCUAACAAAAGAAAAAGAAAACAAGAGAACUAAAAAAAAGCGAACAACAAGAAUCCACUUAGUACAGUUGGUAUUGGAUAUAUGAAAAAUGAAGAGGAUUAAAAAACAAACAAACAAUAGUAGCAGUGUUCAAGUAGGCGAACAGUAGGCGCGAUUGAGUUACUCAAUAUGACGAUGAUGGCAACCGCGGCGAGCUGGAACCCCUGGUUGCCAGUCGGGGUUAUAAUUUAUAUGCAAACCUAAUUACAUUAAAGGAAAUAAAAACGAAACACAGUUGAUUUGCAAUUGAGAGGAAGAACCAUACAAAACAAAACGGAAAUAGAAUAAUUAUUGCUCUAAUUUUACUACUAUUAUUAUUAUUGCUGGAACGAUUAAAUUUUAAUAAAUUAUAUUACAAAACAACACAA